CCCAUAAAAGCCAAGUGCUUGUUACCAGCAGCUGAUCAGAGAGCAUUUUCACAGUCCUCUCCUGUUGGGAGCCACUGUUCUUCUCUCCUUGGAUCUUAAAGACUCCAGGGGCUGAUCUGAAACAAAACAAGAGAAGUUGUUCCUUCUGUUGAAGAGACAUACCAAACCCAGACCUGCUGUAAGUCAAAAACAAGUUCAUCGGUCUGCGAUUCUUCUCUCUUCCAGAGUCUAAAUGUAAUGGCUGUUCCCCUGACCCCUCUACAGCUACUGGAAGUGGUGAUCCUCAUUUAUCUCAGUUUCAUCAGGUCCAUUCAUGGCGGUGCCUAUUAUGGGAUUAAACAGCUUCCACCUCAAAUCCCACCUCAGAUACCCCAAUACCAGCCCCUGGGACAACAAGUACCUCACAUGCCUUUGGGCAAAGAUGGCCUUCCCAUGGGUAAGGAGAUGCCCCCCAUGCAGUAUGGCAAAGAAUACUCACACCUACCCCAGUAUAUGAAGGAAAUUCCACAGGUGCCCAGGAUGGGCAAGGAGGCAGCUCCCAAGAAAAGCAAAGAAAUACCAUUAGCCAGUUUAAGAGGAGAACAAGGUCCCCGUGGAGAACCUGGCCCAAGAGGACCACCUGGACCCCCAGGUUUACCAGGCCAUGGGAUACCAGGAAUCAAAGGAAAACCAGGCCCCCAAGGCUAUCCAGGGAUUGGCAAGCCAGGUAUGCCUGGAAUGCCAGGAAAACCUGGAGGUGUGGGAAUGCCUGGGGCAAAAGGUGAAAUAGGACCAAAAGGAGAGAUUGGACCUAUGGGCAUGCCAGGGCCACAAGGACCUCCAGGGCCUCAUGGACUUCCUGGCAUUGGAAAGCCAGGUGGCCCAGGGUUACCAGGACAACCAGGACCAAAGGGUGAACCAGGACCCAAAGGACAGCCAGGACUUCCUGGUCUUCAAGGGCCUAAAGGAGAGAAGGGCUUUGGGAUGCCAGGUUUGCCAGGACUAAAAGGUCCCCCUGGGAUGCAUGGACCUCCUGGGCCUGUGGGGCUUCCAGGAAUAGGCAAACCAGGGGUGACGGGUUUCCCAGGGCCACAGGGUCCUCUAGGUAAACCAGGCCUUCAAGGUGAGCCAGGACCACAGGGCCCCAUAGGCGUACCUGGGAUUCAAGGACCACCCGGUGUGCCUGGAAUUGGAAAGCCAGGUCAGGAUGGCAUCCCCGGACGACCUGGAUUUCCUGGUGGUAAAGGAGAGCAAGGACUCCCUGGGUUGCCAGGACCUCCAGGCCUUCCAGGGGUUGGGAAACCAGGUUUCCCAGGGCCUAAGGGUGACCGAGGUAUGGGGGGUCUUCCUGGAGCUAUUGGACCUAGAGGAGAGAAAGGCCCUGCAGGUGUACCUGGAAUGGGGGGGCCCCCAGGUGAGCCAGGCCUGCCUGGAAUUCCAGGUCCCAUGGGACCUCCGGGUGCUAUUGGCUUCCCAGGGCCCAAAGGAGAAGGUGGAGCUGUGGGGCCACAAGGACCAUUGGGUCCCAAAGGUGAGCCAGGGUUACAGGGUUUCCCAGGGAAACCAGGCUUCCUUGGUGAAGUGGGACCCCCAGGCAUGAGAGGUUUGCCAGGUCCAAUCGGGCCCAAAGGGGAAGCUGGGCAUAAAGGUUUACCAGGCAUCCCUGGAGCCCCUGGGCUCAUUGGACCCAAAGGGGAACCAGGAAUCCCAGGAGAUCAGGGAUUACAAGGCCCAUCUGGAAUUCCAGGAAUUGGGGGGCCAAGUGGUCCAAUUGGACCUCCUGGAAUCCCAGGCCCCAAAGGAGAACCAGGUCUACCAGGUCCUCCUGGGUUCCCUGGGGUAGGAAAGCCUGGGGUAGCAGGACUGCAUGGACCCCCAGGAAAGCCUGGAGCUCUUGGCCCUCAAGGCCAGCCUGGCCUUCCAGGUCCCCCAGGACCUCCAGGUCCCCCAGGUGCCCCAGCUGUGAUGCCUCCCACACCACCAGCUCAUGGAGAGUAUUUGCCAGAAAUGGGACCAGGGAUUGAUGGAGUGAAAACCCCACAUGCCUAUGGGGGCAAGAAAGGCAAAAACGGAGGCAUAGCUUAUGAGAUGCCUGCAUUUACAGCUGAGUUGACCACACCCUUCCCACCAGUGGGGGCCCCAGUCAAGUUUGACAAAUUGCUUUACAACGGAAGGCAGAACUACAACCCCCAGACAGGAAUCUUCACCUGCGAGGUCCCUGGUGUCUACUACUUUGCAUACCAUGUCCAUUGCAAAGGCGGAAACGUAUGGGUGGCUUUGUUCAAGAACAACGACCCAAUGAUGUACACGUACGACGAGUACAAAAAGGGCUUUCUAGACCAGGCAUCAGGGAGCGCCGUGCUACAGCUGAGACCUGGAGACCGGGUUUUUCUGCAGAUGCCCUCAGAGCAAGCUGCUGGACUAUACGCCGGACAAUACGUCCAUUCCUCUUUUUCAGGAUAUUUAUUAUAUCCCAUGUAAAUUUAAAAAAAAAAAGUAAGAAAAACAUGAGGAAAAAAAGACAGCAAAAGAAAAAAAUGAAGUAACAGAGAAAAACCAAACACAAAACACACAAUUGCUUCAAAGUGUUUAUACUGUUGAAAAGUUAUAUUUAAAUGGAAGUUUGGACCAUCAUAUACCAAAAAAAAAAAGCCAAAAAACAAAAACAAUAAAAAUGCAAGUUUAAUGUUCUGCAGAGCUUGUUAUUAAAAUGACAGGAAGAAUCUAUAUAUCACAUUUCUGACAGAUGUUCUGUACCCACUGAAAUCAUAUUAGCAAAUAUUAUACACUUCCACAAUACCAUGCUUUCUAAAGUUCAGUCAAAAUAUUUCAUUAUGAAGGAUCAUAGCUAACACAAGUCAUUCAUUCAUAUUGUUUACUUAAAACUACACAAGAAUAAAUCUUAAGGAGGCAUCAAUGACCAAAAAAAAAAAUCACAUACCGCAUUUACUUGCAUGAUUUACCCCAUAUUUUCACAAGUAUUUUACUAGUGAAACAUAGGAAGGGGGCAAUUAUGUAGUAAUGCCUUGCAGAGGUAAUCUGAGGCAAUGGAUACCAUGCAGAAGAUAGCUGCCUUCCAGUAAGCUGCUGGGGUUUUGGCAACGGAAUUCCCACUUGGGGCAGGGUUGUUACUCAGUGGGAGCCAUUUACUCUAUCAAUCAACAAGUAAGCACCCAGAAGAUGCUGAGACAACGUAUCCAGCACUGCAAGAAGGGCCAUGGAGGACACAAAAGGACAAGUCCUGGGCUGUAUCUUCAAGAUGCUUACAAGAUCGCUGGGAAAUGAGAAUGGUGGUUAAGGUGUUUAUUCCUGAAAUAUUUUUCCCCUGAGGUUUCUUCCAUAAGCUUUCGUUCCUAUUAUUUCUUACUAGAUCUAACCAGACCAAAAAUAAAAAAAAAAAAACCUUGAUGUUAUUUGGGGAGAAAAGUGAUUGGGGUCAAUGAAAUAAGUGUUCCCCACCCCACCCCAGUAACCUUCAGACUCUGUAUAAUAUUCAUUAGCAGAUAUCAAUUGUAUAUCAAAUGUAUAUUUAUAAAAAAAAAAAAGCCACUGUGAAGCCACAGCCAGAGAGAAGACAAACCACAGUUUCUCAAUCACUUUUCAAUAUCGAAGGGAUUUUCUUGCCUAUCACAAUAACUAUAUCAAAUCAAUUCAAACUUUUUUCAGGUUACAAAGUAUCUUUUAAAAAAAAACCCUAAACCAUCCCUUUACAUACAAAGCAAAAACCUUUAGAAUUAUAUGGAAAAAUAAACUUUUCUUUAAAAAUCAAUCUCUGAAACUUAGAAGUAAGAGCACCAACAGUUUUCUAAAGUAUGUGAAACAGUGCGUCAAGAACUGCUCUCAUAGAAGUAAACUGCUGAAGACCCAAUUAUAAUUUCAGAGGACAAUGACAAUACACGACUUUUAUGCUGCCCCAUAGAUUAAGGAAAUGGCAUGAUAAAAGUUUACUGCAGGCUCAUAUACAUGUCACUGUGUCUGCAUGACAGUGUGCAAAGUAGAUGGAGAGAUGUUGUAGGAGUUAGGAACACCUGGACUCAAGUUCUGUUUCUCACACUCACACACAGACACACACACACACACACACAAAAUCUGGACAAAUCACUUCAACUCUAAAGUUGUUACUAGGCAACUUUAAAACUAUAAAUUGGAAAAGAGUGCCCAAUCUGCACCAACAAGAGGACCUUCUUCUCUGGUAGUUAGUUCCCCACAUCAAUGAAAGUCGUAGAACUAGGCCAAAAAAAAAUUUUUUUUUUUUAAAAAGGCCCAACAAUUCUUAUUUCUCUACUUCAAAAAUCUACAAUUUUGUCAAUGUGGGCAUCUGUUCCACUAAAAAUAGCCACUGUGAAAAUGCCAUUAGAAGGAAAACAAAUAAUCUUCUCCCAAUCGCUUUUCUAAAUCUCAACUCCUCUAAAUUUAAUAGGUGAUCUUCAAGCAUUGCUGCGGCUGAAAAAUCCCAUCACUCUGAGGCCAUUAUGAUGAUAAAGCCUCUGCAAACUUAGCUAGGUUGGUUUUCAGACAAUAGAUAUACAGUCUAUUAGCAGGCCCACAACUGAAGUCUUCCUAGCAUGGCAGAACCUGUCACAGCUUGCACUUCAGUGGGAUAACCUUCAAGAACCCAGAGUCAUCUUCAUACCAAGAUAAGGCAUUGGAUCAGGACCUUUAUAUAGGUUUCAUUUCUUCAGAAAAGGGAAAAACAUUUAAAUUACUUUCAAGUAGUCACCCAGAGACCUAUAGACAUGCUCAACUGGUCUAUUUGUUAAAUACAGAGUUUUAAUGCAGCAAGAGAACCUAUGGUGAAGGAAAUUACUUUAGGGGGUGCCUAACCUCAAAUAUCUUAUAGGGUAUAUCAAAGAAUAAACAGACUGAUAACUUUAUUGAGUUUCCACUAUAGAUUUGAGAUUUGUCAAUAGCAAGUCAUUUCUUCUGGUCUGAAAGAAAUGAAAGAGCCACUUUAAAUCUAUUUCCUUCUGGCCACACUGAUAGUAGCAUCCUAUGGGAUAUCCUAUGGGGAUAAAUGAUGUGGAGAAUAAAGACAUUAUAUGUGCUCAAAAUUCAGAGUGUGGAAGAGAAGAAAGAAAUGAGGGGGAAAUAUACAGAUAAACACAGUAUAAACAGUGCAUGGUGUAUAUGCCCAAUUCGGGUGGCUUCUAACGGGACUAGUUGUAACUAACCAGUUAACUAACUUAAAUAAUCCAGAAAAAUUAUCUUCAUGACCUGAUGUACCUUCUCUAUGUGAGGUAUAGAAGUGCAGUUUCUUCUUAAGAGGACUGAAAAUAAAUUAAUUUGUUGAUAACUUAUUCACUACUAGCUAAAUGCCAAAGGUUUUCAUCCAAAGAAGCCUCAGCAUUCAUUAUCACAGCUGAUAGCAUCUGGUGGAUAUAAAGUCUUUGUGUCUGUUCUCUCAAAUGAUUAAUAUGACAAGAAUGUUGAGUUUUUGGUGGGACAAAUAAACCACACACAGUAUAAUACAGUGUCCCAUCUAGUGUAUGAGUAGAUGCAUUCAAAUUGACUUGAAGUAAAAUGGUCAACUGGGGCAACUCAUUUGUGAAAUAGUCUCCAUAUAUAUAUGCAUUCCAGUUAGUUCUCCACCAAGGUGGGGAGUAAUUUCCUAAUCAGUUGAAAUGAAAUUUCACUUAUCAGAAUUAUUGAAAAUAGUUGCUUCCAAACUUAUUUAUUGGUUGUGUUACUUAUUUGCCUAAAUUUGUAUAUUAGCAGGCAUAAGCUUCUAACUUGUAGAUGGUGGGGAGGCAGAGGAAAAAUUCUAUGCAAGUACUGUUUGUUCUACAAUGGUGCUAAUCUCAGAGCAAAAUGAUGAAUUAUUUCACUUAAUUUAAAAAAAAGAGUUUAAAAUAGUUAUCUAUAUGUCUGUGUUUCCCCUUUGAAUGUUACAUGUUAUACUUUUGCUUUGGUGUAAAAGCAGACCUAACAUGAAUCUGUUCUGAACCAUAAUCUCUAUUUAAUUCAAAAUUAACUAGAAUUUGACCACAGAAAAAUGGACAAAACUGGCAUUGCCAUUAUUUAAGUACAAAGUUUUAAUGCAACAUGAUAACCUAUGGGGAGGGAAAUAACUUUAGUGGGUGCCUAACCUCAAAUAUCUUGCAGAAUAUGUCAAAGAGUGAAAAGACUGGUAACUUUAUUGAGUUUCCAUUGUAGAUUUGAGACUUGUCGAUAGCAAAUCAUUUUUGUAUUUAAAAUUUUUGUACUGAUCUGAAAAAAAGUCUUAUUAAAUAUCUUUAAAAGUA